AUGCCUCUCGCAAUCUCGUGCGCGCUCGCUCUCUCGCUAGCGAGGGCUCCUGCCUUGCGGGCGGCCGAGAGGUCCGUGCGGCGCGAGACGCGGCACGUGGAGCGUGCGCGGCCCGGCAACUCGCGGCAGCGGCUGGCGGUGGAGUCCCAGUCGUCCUUCCGCGAGCUGCUCGCCGCGGGCGCAAAGUACUCGCAACUAGACGUGCGCGGCAACUCGUCGGCGCUGGAGCAACGGCUCCAUCCAGUGGCGGAGGCGAUGCAGGCGCGGCGCGCCGUCGGCUCGCGGCCGGGCGCACGAACGGACGGGAUCAAGAUCGCGCUCGCCGUCGAGGGCGGCGGGAUGCGCGGCUGCGUCGCCGCCGGCAUGGUCGCCGCGAUCCACCACCUCGGCCUGACCGACUCGCUGGACGCCGUGUACGGGUCGUCGGCUGGCUCGCUCAUCGGCGCGUACCUGCUCUCGCGGCAGGACCCGCGGUACGGCUGCUCCAUCUACUACGAGGAGCUGCCAAAGGCCGGCCGCCGCUUCAUCGACCUGCGAAACGUCCUCCGCUCCCUCGGCCUGGGCGCGCUGCGUGUGACGCCGGCGGGCGUGUCAGACCUGGUGCAGCGGCGGCUGGGGAUGCCGGUCCUCAACCUGGACCAGCUGCUCGUCGAGAUCGUGCAGAGGCGAAAGCCGCUCGACUUCGACCGCCUCUGGGCGGGCCAGCCCGACCAGCCCCUCCGCGUCGUCGCCUCGGCCACCGCGAGCGAGGGCUGUGGCUCGUGGAGGUCACUGCCCGAGCUGGCACACUGCAUGCGCGCCUCGAUGCUGCUGCCCGGCAUCUGCGGGCCCGUCGUCCCCCUCAACAACUCUCGCGGAGAGGCGCGCCUCCGAGGAACGGAUCGAAAGUCGAUCACUUCGCCACUCGUCGAGCCGCACGCGGACGCGAUGCUGUUCGAGCCGAUCCCCUACCGGCUCGCCGUGCGCGAGGGCGCGACGCACGUGCUCGUGCUGCGCACCCGGCCCGACGGCGUCAACGUGGUGCGGCGGCAGUCCAUCUUCGAGCGCCUCAUCGCGUGGCGCUUCUUCGAGCGGAAGAUGCGCAUGCCGCACAUGUACAAGCACAUGCGCGACCAGCAGCACCGGCAGCGAUACGCCGAGGACAUCCUCCUCCUCAACGAGGCGGCGAAGCAGAGCCAGGCGGACAGCGGCAUCCACAUCCGCUGGCGCUCCGGCCCGGGCCCCCCGGAGCCCGUGCAGCUGUGCCAGGUGGCGCUGCAGCCGGGCGAGCGAGGGCCGGAGGUGUCCAACCUGCAGACCGACGCGGGUGUACUCGCCCCGCUCGCCCACGAGGGCGGCUCUCCUCUCGACGGCUGGCAGCUCGCCCUCGAGGUCUUCCCCGACUCGAUCCUCGAGGAGGUGCGCGCGUCGAUGGCGAAGCCCAAGCCGAAGCCAACGUGA